UACGACUGUCUGGGCCUGGCGCAGGCCAUGGUGGACAUUGCCUCGGCCGUGGACGAUGACAUGCUGGCCCGCCUGCAAGUGGAGAAGGGCAGCCGCAGGCUGGUCAGCCUGGAGGAGCGCGGCGCGGUGCUGGCCCAGCUGGAGGGCCGCGAGUACUCGGUGGCGGCCGGCGGCUCGCUGUCCAACACGCUGCUGGGCCUUGCGCGGCUGGGGCGGGCGGCCGCCGAGGCACGCGGCGAGCCGCCGCUGCGCGUCGCCAUGGCGGGCCUGCUGGGCGACGACCUGCUGGGCGAGUUCUACCGCGCGCAGAUGGAGGCGGCCGGGGUGCACGUGGCCUCGCCGCCGCUGGCGGGCGGCGCCACUGGCACCGUGGUAGUGCUGACCAGCCCCGACGCGCAGCGCACCAUGUGCUCGCACCUCGGCACGGCGGCGGAGGUGGCGGUGGACGCGGCGCUGCAGGCCGCCAUCGCCCGCUCCCGCCUGCUGGUGGUGGAGGGGUACCUGUGGGAGCUGCCGGGGGCGCAGCGCACCGUCGCCAAGGCCAUCGCCGCGGCGCGCCGGCACGGCUGCGUGGUGGCCAUGACCGCGGGCGACGCCGGGGUGGUGCGCCGCCACGCCGCCGCCAUGUGGGCCGCCAUCGACGCCGGCGUGGACCUGCUGUUCACAAACGCGGGCGAGGCGGAAGCCCUGCUGCUCCACGAGCCGCGCGGGGAGGCGUGCCAGGGCGGCGGCGCGGCGGCGGCGGCCGCGGGCCACUGCGCCACGGGCGAGCAGCUGGCGCUGCGGCUGGGCCCGCACUGCUCCGUGGUGGUGGUGACCGACGGCGACCGCGGCUCCUACAUGACCGCCCUGGGCCAGCUGCACUGCGUGCCGCCCUGCUGGAUGGACGCGCCUCCGGUGGACACGUGCGGCGCGGGCGAUGCGUACGCCGCGGGCCUGCUCUACGCCUACCUGCGCCAUCACGACCUGGUCAGCAUGGGCCGCACCGCGGCGCGCGUGGCCACCGCCGUCAUCUCCAAGCACGGCGCCACGCUGACGCCCGAGGCCGCCGACGCGCUGGCGCGCUCG